AUGGCGGUUAGCUUUGCAACCUCAUCCCGCCCGUUGAUUACCCCUCCCCCUACGUCUCCGCCUCGCCCUUGUAGGCGUUUGCACAAGAAGUCGCGUCCACAAGAUUUUGACCCCAAUGCUGUGAAUUCCUAUUCUGGCGAUUCGUCAGGAUUGCGCUCAUACACUCCCUUCAGCUGUGUCGAUGAAGAUCAAGAUCAACCGUUAUUCGAUGAUAUUCCUGAGGAGCGUGUAUCGGGUACCAUCACUCCAUUACUGGUGCAAAUAAAGUCUCCGAGUCCCCGACUGAUGUCCAACGAUUCCCCUGCUGCUUUCCCGGUUCCAACGCCAUCAUCUCCACCGACAAAAGCCCCAUUGCUUUCCCGUAUCAGCUCCGUGAAAUGUUGGCGAUCGUGCAGAUCUUCUCAGACCAGCAAAGAUUUCGCUGGAGACAUUUCUGUCGAUUCCGGUACCAGCAUCCCUUACCAACCACCUAAAACACCAGAGCCAUCUUUCUCGCGAGCUGUCACCCCAGCGUCGCCUUCAACGAGCCGAAAUUGGCUUUUUAGGACUACUCCUAGCCCCAACUCAAAGCCAACGCCAGAUCCCGGGCUCCAUCUCAGCAACAGCAACAGUGCGUAUCCCACGUCCCGUUUCAGGAAGCGGAGCUCAACCACUGCCGGUUUCAUUCACCUAUAUGAUCUCGAAACUGGCACAUGCGUCUACAUGAACCGUAUCAGCGGCGAAACUGUCUUCGUUACUGCAGAACAUGAGGCCACUAACGGUAUUAUCGGGGUUAAUAAGCAGGGCCCAGUGUUGAGUGUGAGCGCUGACGAGCAGACCGUCAUCCCUUACAUUCUUACCGUUCUGAACAACACCGAGCUGGCAGUCAAAUUAGCUAGCCAGGCAAAUUUACCUGGUGCUGACGAGCUGUAUGUUCAGCAGUAUCAGCAGCUUUUCGCCUCCGGCCAAUAUAGUGAAGCUGCCAAGAUUGCGGCCAAUUCGCCAAGAGGCAUUCUUCAUACACCGCAAACCAUAGAGCAAUUCAAGCAAGUUCCUGUUCAACCAGGCACUCUUUCACCCAUAUUUCAGUACUUUGGUAUUUUACUUGAGAAAGGCAAGCUUAACAAGCAUGAGUCACUUGAAUUGGCGCGCCCUGUUCUUGCCCAGGGCCGUAAGCAACUGCUUGAGAAAUGGCUCAAAGAGAACAAGCUUGAAUGCACAGAAGAACUUGGCGACAUUGUUCGCUUACACAACAUGACCCUCGCUCUCUCGGUAUAUCUUUGCGCCAACGUCCCCAAUAAGGUUGUCGCAUGCUUCGCCGAGAUGGGCCAAUUUGACAAGAUUCUAUUGUACACAAAGAAAGUUGGCUACCACCCUGAUUAUGCGGCGCUUCUUCAGCACAUUAUGCGAGCGAACCCUGAGAAGGGUGCCGAGUUUGCAGCCCAGCUCGUAAACGAUGAGAAUGGGCCCCUUGUAGAUAUCGAACGCGUCAUAGACAUCUUCAUGUCACAGAACCUUAUUCAACCCACCAUGUCCUUCCUCCUCGAUGCCCUCAAAGAUAAUAAACCUGAGCAGGGUCAUCUUCAGACUCGUCUCCUUGAGAUGAAUUUAGUUCAUGCUCCCCAGGUGGCAGAUGCAAUUCUCGGAAAUGAGAUGCUCAGCCAUUACGACCGACCACAUUGCAGUGUGUAUGCGAUUCUCAAAGCUCUCGAGCAUUACGAGGAUCGGAUCAAUAUGUGCGAAAACCUUCAGGUGGUGGUCCAGAUCACAACCAAGUAUUCCGACAUUCUUGGUCCAGUCAAACUCAUCGAGUUAUUCGAGUUGUAUAAGAGCUUCGAGGGGCUAUAUUACUACCUUGGCUCGGUUGUAAAUCUCAGUCAAGACUCCGAGGUUCACUUCAAGUACAUCCAGGCCGCUACUCGGACUGGCCAGAUCCGCGAGGUUGAACGAAUCUGCUGUGAGAGCAAUUACUACAAUCCAGAAAAAGUCAAGAAUUUCCUCAAGGAGGUGAAACUUUCCGAUCAACUCCCGCUUAUCAUCGUCUGCGAUCGCUUCGACUUUGUGCACGAUUUUGUUCUUUAUCUUUAUCAAAAUGGAUUGGUCAAGUUUAUCGAGGUUUAUGUUCAGUGCAUCAAUGUGGCCCGCAUGCCUCAGGUUGUGGGUGGCCUCCUGGACGUUGACUGCGAUGAAGCGACUAUCAAAAGCCUUCUCACCUCCGUUAUCGGGAUUUUCCCCAUUGAUGAGCUCGUCGAGGAGGUUGAGAAACGUAAUUGCCUUUGA